GCACUGGUGGGCAGCACUGGUGGGUGGGCACAGGUGGGUGGCACUGGUGGGCACAGGUGGGUGGCACUGCAGAGUGGCACAGGUGGGUGGCACUGCAGAGUGGCACAGGUGCGUGCACUGCUGGGCACAGGUGGGUGCACUGCUGGGCACAGGUGGGUGAUCUGCUGGGCACAGGUGGGCGGAACUUGCGGGUGGCACUGCUGGGCACCGAUCAUCAGGGCACUGAUCAUCAGUGCCCUGAUGAUCGGUGCCGAUCCCCGCUCUGACAACUGCCGGUUCUCAGCAGUACUUUCCUCACGAUAUGACAGUGUGAGGAAAGUGCAGCCGAGAACCGGCACUUGC